AAUAGUGGACUAUUUUGUAUGUAAGUGACGUUUUUGGUGUAACCCUAGUAACAAUAAAUAUUUAAUAAAGUAUUAAACUGUGACUAAUUUUUAAGAUUAAUUAAAACUUUGUUAGAUUAAAAACAAAUUUUUUACAUAGAAUUCUCUAUGAUUUUUUAUGAAAAUCGUUAUGCAUGAUAUCAUGUAAACGUAGUGACUUUAUUUGAUAAAAUAAUAACACUCAUCCGUGAAUCAUUAUUUUAGUUUGAUAUUGUGUAGUAAUUUUAAAUUUAAAUAUGUGAAAUGAAAUUCUUCACUGAAUAUAUUUUAAUUAUUCUAAAUAUUUUACUUUUAUUUAAUAUUUUUACAAAAUGCGAAUCUAUGGAUUCACCUACCUUACUGGCUGAAUGCAAUAACAGCUGUGAUGCCUGUUUAAAUGUUUUUGCACAAACUUCAGGAGAUUUUUCGCAUUGUGCUAUAGUGAAUUCCAGGCCCAUUGAAAUUUGUGAAUCAUGCGUGGAACCUUAUAUAUAUUUAAAAGAUAGUUUUGCAGAAAUUUUAAAGCAAUCCGAUUCGAAGGGAAAAUGUAGUUCUCAAUAUUUAGAUUUAGAUCGUCUACAAGUUAUACGAUCAAUUUAUAACUACAACGAUGAUUUAUGGAAUAGAGCCCAAUGUAAUAGUUGUUUUCAAUUUCAAAAUGGUAGUCUUACUAAUAAUUUCACGGAUGAUGCAAUAAAAUUUCGAAAGUAUUAUAAUAAAACUACAACUUGUAUCACUACUUACAAAAAUCUUGUAAGUCAAGACGAACUUUGUAGUAUAUGUUUCGAUGAUUAUUUAAAAUUAAAUGACUUUUAUCAUCAUAUCAAACGAAAAAACCAAGAUUCCAUAUGUUUUGAUAUUGUUGAUUUGAUGAAUUCAACUAGGAAGUUAUGGAGUGCAGAUUUAAAUUGUUGCCAUAUACGGCAACAUCCAGAAGUGAUCUUUUUAUUGUCUUCAGCAGGAUUUGCAUUAUUGCCAGUAAUAUUUUAUGUUUUAAUUAAAGUUUUAACUAAACAGGACGAAGCUGCCUUAACACCUCAACAUCGAUUUGCUGAAUCAUUUCCUUCGCCUUCAAGUAGUGUCGAUAGAUAAAUUUUAGA